AUGCCUCUUCAGUACGACCCCGAUUACCUCAAGGCUCUGGAGCCUCUGAUCCCGGCCAUUUCGGGAAGAAAACCAUUGACCCAUGAUACCAUCACUUCUAGCCGAAGGACCAGGGAGGCUGGCAUAACCGCUCUGUUAAGCAGGCUCCCAAAUGCGCCCAAUGUAGAACAAACAUAUUAUAACGCCAUCGCCUCUGACGGCCACCAAGUACCGAUACUAGCAUUUGUGAAAAGGGGGACAAGUUCUACCACGGCAGGGCCGGCGCUACUUCACUUCCAUGGUGGCGGCAUGAUCAUGGGCAGCGCUCAACAGUUCGCGAGGCCUCUAGCAUACCUGGUCGAAGAGACGGCUGUCCCGAUCUUUAGCGUGGACUAUCGCCUGGCACCGGAACAUACAGGGAAAACCCUCGUCAACGAUUGCUAUGCCUCCUUGCUAUGGCUGCAGCAGAAUGCACACGAGCACAACGUCGACCCCGCUCGCAUCGCCGUCUACGGAGAAAGCGCUGGCGGCGGUCUGGCCGCCGGCGUCGCACUCAUGGCUCGCGAUCGCAACCUCCAGCCACCCCUCGCGAAGCAGAUCUUGAUAUACCCCAUGCUUGACGACCGCAACAUGACUCCCAAUGAGGCUGUCCAGCCGCUCGCCUUUUGGAAGACCGAAGACAACGUGGUGGGUUGGACCGCCGUGCUGGGCGCGGACAAGGCUGGGAAGCCCGACGCCGAAGUGUCGCCUUACGUGGCCCCGGCCCGCGCAGAGAAUCUUGCAGGCCUCCCACCUACCUAUCUCGAUGUCGGCGGGCUGGACAUCUUCUGCAACGAGGUAGUCGCAUAUGCCGGACGGCUCUUGCGAGAGAACGUUGAAACCGAGCUCCACGUGUAUCCCGGUGUACCACACGCUUUCGAGCCUAUUGCGCCGAAUAUUUCGGUCACAAAGAGGGCUCUCGCGAAUAGACAGAAGGCGAUGCAAGGGUUUUGA